AGGAGAAUGUUUGAGGGAGAAAUGGCAAGUUUGGAAGCCAUCUUGAAAACACAGACAAUAAAAGUGCCUAAACCCAUCAAAGUUAUAGACCUGCCGGGGAGCGGUACUCUGUUUGUGAUGGAACAUUUGGAAAUGAGAAGCUUAAACAGACAUUCAGCAAAGCUUGGAACACAACUGGCUGAUCUCCACCUUCAUAACCAGAAAAUUGGAGAGAAGUUGAAGAAAGAAGAGAGCACAAUUGGUAAAGGUCAAGGGCAAAUGGAAGUCCAGUUUGUGGAUCAAUUUGGCUUUCAUACAGUUACCUGCUGUGGCUAUCUUCCACAGGUGAAUGACUGGCAGAAUGACUGGGUGACUUUCUUUGCCAAGCAAAGAAUCCAGCCUCAGAUGGACAUGGUCGAAAAGAAUUCAGGAGACAGGGAAGCAAGAGAGCUUUGGGCACAACUUCAGCUGAAGAUUCCCAGUUUAUUCUGUGACGUAGAAAUUGUUCCUGCUCUCCUGCAUGGAGAUCUCUGGGGAGGAAAUGUAGCUGAGGAUGAUUCUGGUCCAAUUAUCUUCGAUCCUGCUUCUUUCUACGGUCAUUCAGAGUAUGAGCUUGCAAUAGCUGGGAUGUUUGGUGGCUUCAGCAGUUCUUUUUACUCUGCUUAUCACAGUAAAAUUCCCAAAGCUGCAGGGUUUGAGAAACGCCUAGAGCUUUAUCAGCUUUUUCACUACAUGAACCAUUGGAACCAUUUUGGUAGAGGGUACAGAGGGUCUUCUCUAAACAUUAUGAGAAACCUUAUAAAGUGA